AGGCGCGGCAGUGCUCCGCGCGCCUUCACCCGCGGCGCCUGUGUUGCCGGCAAUUUUAUAAUAACUUGUGACAUUGUGUUACAAAAGUGACCGACCUCUAUAAAGUUAUACUAGUAGUGCUAAAACGCCGUAGAAGGAUUUAAUCCUACAAAAAACGCCCACCAGAUUCCAGACCCUAUUCGGAUAGAAAAACAAACAUACCAUCCCGGAGCGAGAAUAGAACGAGGCGCCACCACGGCGCCCACAUCCACACGCCUGCUGAUGUCACAAUAAAUUGUAAUGCUGACACGCACAAUACCCCACAGAAGACUACGUCCUAGAGGACGACGGAGGACGUUGUAACAAAUAGAGUUCUAAACGUAAGCACAAGUGCCUAAACUACAAAAAUGGUGGCUAACCGUCGCAACUUCCUUUUUAGAGUGAGCAUUGUGAUAAACAUAGCUGUGCUGUUAUACGCAGCUAUGCAGCUAUCAGGGAAUACGACACCCGGGGUUUAUUGGGUCCCCGUCGAAGCGGAAAGAACCGCUGAAUUUAGAUACCUUAAUCAAGACAGAAAUGAUACUUAUACCCGGUUUGAAUCAAGCGGGAGAAACGUAGAAUCCAGUGCUAGAAAUUAUGAAGAGUCGACGUCUCAGAAAACGCCAUCCACCAUGGCGACUACGAAUAAAACCGCAUCUAGUACGGCAUCUGUGCCCGAAGUAGAUAGGAAAGUAAUUAGUGCUGUUCCUGAACCAGAUGCGUCUAAUGCGACUAGUAUUGAUAUAGAGGACGAAGACAGUCUAUCGCCAACAACUUUGGCGUACCUUCGUACCUUGUUAGGAUGCAAUGACAGAGAUAUGCUGCCUCAAACAGAGCAGCGUGGAGAGUUCUGGGUAUUGAAGAAUUUUAUACGCGCGGACCACGGACUUUUAGCGUGUCACGAGACGAUCACUUAUACGACGCAUGCAGGAUACGAGUUCCUUGAUAAUGUACAUCCUUUAGUAGAAAGAUGGAUGGCACCAGUGAGUCUGGCUAUUCACGCGCCGGGCGCCGACCUGACUCCCGCCGUGAACAGCAUCAGAUACUUACGGGAUUGUCUGAGUGACGAGAUAGUUAAGCAGUUUGUGACCUUCCACAUAUUCUUCUCUCAUAAACAUAUUCCUAGUAAGAUUCCAGACCCAGACGUGCUACUCCAAACACCAUACAACUGCUCUACCAAGCCGCCAUACGAAAAUGUUAACUCAACUUAUAUGAAAGAGAAAAAUCUGCUGUACCCAGUCAAUGUCGCUCGAAAUGUUGCAAGAGAUGCCGCAAUUACACACUACAUUCUUCCUUCUGAUAUAGAGUUGUACCCUAGUCCGAAUUUAAUUCCUCGUUUCUUGAAUAUGAUUGCGAGAAACGCUAAGCCAUUAAGCACAUCUACCAAGCCAAGAGUCUUCCCAAUAAGUAUAUUCGAAGUUGACGCCAAAUAUCAGGUGCCAUCUUCAAAAACAGAGCUUCGUGCCAUGUUGGCGAACAAAACAGCGAUACCUUUCCAUAAAUUCGUUUGCCCCAACUGCCACAAUAUACCACAGGGGCAGCAAUGGAUGAAUGCGGCUGAGACCAACCAGAUGGACGUAUUUCACGUUGGUAAGCGACGUGGUAAAUUCGUGCAUUGGGAGCCGAUUUUCAUCGGAACUCACCAGGAUCCCUAUUAUGACGAGCGGCUAAGCUGGGAUGGAAAGAAGGAUAAAAUGACACAGGGCUACAUCCUUUGCGUGAAGGAUUACGACUUUAUGAUAUUAAACAACGCAUUCCUUAUCCAUAAGCCUGGUAUAAAGCAUUAUGUGAAAAACGCAAAACGGGACUCCAUCGCCGGCCGACAGUCCGCAGUUGUUAAAAGUAUUAUAAUGCCCGAAUUGAAGAAGCUGUUUGGUACGAGAAAUGGCUGCGCGCUGUGACGAAGAAACAAAUAAAAAUAGUAUGUAUUGUAUUUCCACCAAAGCGAAUCGCAUCCAUAUACGAAACAUCUAAUACACAACUGUACACAACUUGGUCACAGUAGAACAAAAGAUUCUAGAAGCCUUGUUACAGGGUUGACAUCAAUCUAAUUGCUUGUUUUGACAGUCUUAGUCCUUUGUUUAAUAUAUUUUUAGAUUUCAAUACCAUUCCAAGUCAAUCGAAUUAUGUUAAAUUAGUUUGCAAAGGUGACUUUAGAAAAUAGACAGUUUAAAGACAGAGUGACGCAAUUGAUGUCAAAACGUUUCAGAACCUUGAGUUCGUUUAUACGUGUUUGUGACCAAGUUAUACUGCCUAAGCACGUUUUGGUGGAUUAAAGGAAUGCAAAUACAGGGUGCGAUUUCCGCCUGCCUUUUAUACAUUUUUAUACAUGUGACGAGUAAACGAAACAUAUCAUUCGAUAAUUUUAACUUAGACAAUAUCCAGAUGAAUCAGUGUCUUAAAGUGAAUAUAUUUUUGAAAUUAACAUCGUAAUACUCAAGUUAGUACUCAAAAAUUGUUUAACUGAGAUUAGUGCCAUUCACUAUGUUUGAGUAAAGUUUGACUAUUUUGUAAACGCACAUACAAUAUCAAAGCUAUCAUUUGUAACAUAUUAUUUCUGUAAAUUCAUAAAAAAAAAACGUUUCUGUAAUGUGUCAAAACGCACAUUAGUGUUUUUUUUUAAUAUUAUAUUUUCAUUAAACUUAGUCAACAUUAAAAUCAGCGUUAUCAGUGGUAUUUAAAUUCACUCGACGCUUUACUCGGAGAUAUUGAACACGGCUAUUAACAAAACAAGUCCAUCGAGUUUCCUAUUAAAAUAUUCAAGGCCUAUAAGUCAUUUAUUUAGUUUAGAAUGUAAAUACUACUAAACUUUGAAGUAAAGGGACACUUGACUGUAUUAUUUAAGUAUUUCUUUACUGCAUUAUUUUUAUAUUAAUAAAAUUGCGGGGCGAACUUUCAUUAUAAACAAAAAACUAUCACCUACGAGAAAAUUGCUACUUAUACAUAGACUCCUUCAAAGGGUCAGCCACUACCAGUUACAACUGGUGCUGGCUGGCAACGACCUUGUCUUCUGGCACUGUAAGUGUCCAGGGGUGGUGGUUUCACUUUUCAUCAGGUGAGCCUCCUGCUACUCAUGUUCUAUAAAAUUCAUUCUAAUGAAGUUGUUAGGGGAUAAUUUAAAUAAUCAUUUAUUUCUAGUAAAAUAACCUACUUUUUUUAGUAUGGUAAUGGAUCGAAGUAAAAAAUAAUUAUUAAGAAGACGAUGGCCCCGUAAUUAUUUCGAGUUUUAUUGCUAAUUAAAAUUAAGUUCAUACGAUUUUAAUGAAUUCGUGAAUCAAAUUAUUUUGUAUAUAUUUUUGUAUUUGGUGCACAAACUAAAUUCCUAAUUGCAUUUUAAAUUAGGAGUUUUAAGUAGAACUUAUAAGUCACUAUUUCGCUUAAGUGCCAGUCCAUUUUUCAUGCUAUUAUGUAUAAAUAAGUGUAAGUUAGGUGCAAAAUAAGGCCUCAAUAAGAAGUGCUUAAACUCACCACGUUCGAUAGUUUAGUUUAGUUUUAAUUAGUCAAUACUCUUGUAUAGACGCGUUAUCGCACAAGGAUUCCAAUAUUAUUCAUAUGUAUUUAACGUAUUUCAAGUUAGUAGUAUCUGUGGACCAUAUGACCUUACUUAACCACUAAAUCUUCUCUAAGUAACUCAUCUCUCAGCCUUUUAAUUUAUAACUUUGUUUAUAAGUAAAAUGAUUAUUAGGUAUAGUAAAUCCCAGGGAACUAGUUUGUCAACAUACGGUUGUCACCUUGAAAUACGUUCCGGGAUACAAUCCUUAUAUUAUCAUAAUUUUAAGGUAUAAAGCUUUUGGGUUUUGGUUAUGGUAAUGCAUGUGGUGAGUUUUCACUGGGCGAAGUGCCUCGUAAGUUAGAAAUUAGUCUUGCAAUGUGAUCAUGAAAUGAUAACCUCUUUCGGCUAAGCAUUAUUACUGUUAUAUAAUCUCCUAUGUAAUAUGCUUUGUGUACGAAUAAAAUUGUAUAUGAUUUUUAUAAUUGACAUAUAAAAAUUUACAGGAAUCAUGUAUUCGAUUAAAU